AUGCCCAUCCUCGAGUUUGAAAGCCGAGGGGGCCUGAGCCUGAUGGAGCGAUUCAGGACAGCACGGGAUAUGAUCACCUCUUCGCAAAGCAGGGAGAUGCUGCGACAUUUGUUUGUUUGGCUCAGAUUCUCCCAAACCAGACAGCUCUCAUGGCAAAGGAGGCACAACACAAAGCCUAGAGAGCUUGCCGAUGAAAUCCAAAUCCUGUCGGAGGUGGUAGCCAAAUACUGGAAGUCCUCACAGUCAGCGUCUGAUCGCGAUAUUCUUCGUAUGAUGCUGUCUACCAUCCCAAGAGGAGGAGGCGACGGACAGAGGAUCCGAGAUGAGAUCCUGGUGAUCAUGAGGAAGUUCGAGAUCAAGAAGAGGAAGGGAACGUGGAUGGAGGAAUGGCAUCAAAAGUUGCACAACAACUGCACUCCUGAUGACAUCUACAUCUGCGAGGCUUACAUCAAAUUCUUGCAAUCUAAUGGAGAUCUCAAAGCAUUCUACAGUCACCUCAGCAAAUUUGGGCUUGACAAGCAGCGAUUGCAAACAUUUGAGAGGCCCAUUCUACAAGAUCCGAUCUUCUUUCCUUCCAUCAAGAAUGGAUUGAUCAACGAGCUCAGCAACUACCUCCAAAUCCUCAAAUCCGUUCACGCAGGAGCUGAUCUCGAGCACUCGCAUGAUCUCUGCAGAGGUUUCCUCCCCGGGAAUCUCAACGCUCUUGUGGAGGCAGUGAAGGUGGAGAGGACCCAUCCUUCUCCUGCCUACCAGGAGACUUUCACCUCCUUCUUCAACUCCGUUGCUGCUCGCCGAUUGCUCUGGGAAUCAAUUCUUCAUGAGCAGCAUGUUCCCAAGGUGCGCGACCUGCUCUACCUCGACAUCGCUCUACAGGAUCAGAGCAGGAUGAUGGUGGAGGGAGUUCUCUCAACGUCGAGCUCGGUGGACGAGGACCUUGACUCUUCCCUGCUUUCCCUGACCUCAGAGCUCGUCGAGAUUCUUCGUGACUGGAGCAGUCUCCUCCAGACGGUGGGGAUCAACAUGGAGGAGUGGAAGAGCAAAUCUCACCGGCAUGCGCUGCUUGCCGCAGCGUAUCUCGAUCGCCUGGAGAGGAUGCUGAGCCAGCUGGCCGACCGCUGUCACCGCCUAUUCCAGCCCAUAGCCGAGCAGCUGGGUGGAAGCAUAAGGAGAAGAAACCCGGACAAGACCCCCGAGACCUGGAACAUCGCCAUGUUCACUGAGGGAGUGGUGCGAGGAGGAGUCGGGUUCGCCGUUUCUCUCAUCCAUCAGAAGGCUGUUCAGGCCUUCCGCAGGUCAGGAGUGCUGCCGUCAUGGCAGGUCAUCUCGCCUGGAAGCAGGAGGGCUAGAGGAGUUGUCAUGAUCGCCGAUGUCAAGGACGUGCAGUUCAAGAGCUUUGACUGCCCGACAGUCCUCUUGUCAAGUCGAGUAAGCGGAGAGGAAGAGAUACCCGAGGGAGUGGUGGCGGUUAUAACGCAGGACUCUCCUGACGUCCUGUCACACAUAGCUGUGAGGGCGAGGAACACCCACGUGAUGUUCGCGUCCUGCUUCGACCUGGCAUCCUUCCAUCAGUUCCUCGACUUCGAUGGGAAGGAUGUUGUCUGUCAGGUGCUGGAGCAGCGGGUCUCGAUCGAGAUGGCAGAAGGAGCGAUGGAUGACAUGGUGGACUCGCAUACAUCACAUGGUUCCUCUCGACGGAUGGAGGAGGAGGAGGAAGAGCGCUCGACACCUCCGUCCAAGUUCGUCUACCUCGAAUCAGAGAUUCUUGAGGAGGGCAAGAAGGUUGCAGGAGGCAAGACCAUGAACUUGCUCAACGUAAGGAGGAGGCUGCCAGACUGGAUCAAGACACCGAAAUCAGCUUUGAUACCCUUUGGGGUCUUCCAGUACGUCUUGCAGCAUCAGGAUAACAGGGACAGUCAGCGCAAGUACGCGGAGAUUGUGAAGCAGCUGGGGGUUCUCGAUGCGGAGGACAUCCCAAGUAAGCUGCAAGACAUCAAGAACAUCAUCCUCGAUCUCAAGGUGCCCGACGAGGUCAGAGCCGACAUAGCUCGCAGCCUUCAAGAUGGAGUCUUCAGGCAGGUCGUCGUCGACGAGCAAGAGUCGCUAGACUGUAUCAAAAGGGUCUGGUCGUCAGUGUGGAACGAGCGAGCUUUUCUCUCUUGUAAGAAGGCCGGGAUCUCCAACGAGAGGAUCAGAAUGGCUGUCCUGCUCCAGCAGAUCGUCGAGGCUGAGUAUGCGUUCGUUGUCCACACGGUCAACCCGCUCAACCUGGACCCUUCAGAGAUCUACAUCGAGAUCGCAAAGGGCCAUGGCGAGGCUAUCGUCGGCAACUUCCCAGGACGCUCCCUCAGUGUUGUGUGCAGAAGGGGAAGCCAUGAGGUCCUGAGGAUAGAGAGCAUGCCUAGCAAGAGCGUCAUGCUGCGAGCAAGAGGACUCGUCUUCCGCUCUGAUUCAGACGCGGAGGACCUUCAUGACUUCGCUGGCGCCGGGCUCUUCGACAGCGUGCCCCUGGUCGACUACGAGCGCGAGAUCAUCGGGUACAGGAAGGAUCCGAUCAUUCAGACGACUAGCGAGCUGGACAAGUUGGUGAUGAACAUCUGCAAGCUGGCAGAGGAGGUGGAGGGGGCGAUGGGAGGAAAGCCGCAGGACAUCGAGGGAUGCUGGUCGGGAGGGUCCCCGUACGUCGUGCAGUCUCGUCCUCAGGUGAAGAGGAUACGUUCACUUCAUGAUCUGAUGUUGCCGCGUUCCAGGUCGGGGUUUGAACGAGAACGAGGAUUCGAAUGCGAAGAGUGUGGAUACGUGUAA